AUGGCUGGCCGUGCGCUGUUGGUGUGCGCCCUCUGCGUGCUGUGCUGCGCCGCCGGCGGGGGCCGGGCGUGGCAUGUGGACUACUGCACGGGGAACAACUGGAAAUCUUUGAAGGCGGUCAAUUUCAGCCAGACCUACGAGGCUCUUUUGGAUGAGUACUGUAAGCACAACCAAACUUUUGUGGCGGAAAUUAAAAAAAACCUCACUGCAACUGCGGCCAGUACCGGCACCGGUGGGCAGGCGGGUGAACCUGCCGGUGUUUCCACGGCGGUCGGUGAAAAUGGGCAGGCUGGCGGAAGUAGCAGCGGUACUGUGGGAGGAGCAGUGCCACCGGCACCGAUCCCUGGCAGUCCCGCUGGUGAAGUGACGAGCAGCAGCAGCGCAGCAGCAGGAAAAUCACCUGCGCCUGCACAAACCGAGACACAAGGCGAAGGCGAACAGGCGACAGAGGUGACUGAAGGAACGAGGGGAAACGAACGGCGUGAGAACUCUGGCAUUGCUUCGCCGCAGGAAGAAAAGGGGGAAUCUGAAGAUGAGGGCAAAGGAGCCGUGGACGCUGCAGAUGCCACGCAGAAAGCAGCAGCUGCAAGCCAGGCAGAGGCCACUUCACCGUCUCCCUCCACGCCCAGUGACGGCGCUGCCGCUGCCAGCGGCCGUGCUGGAGAGCAGACGGUGGGGGAUGCCGGCAACACCCCAUCGCCUGCGGGCGCGGAGCAACAAGACGAGGGACACCAACGUGGCGAUGCCCCUGGUGCACCGCCAAGCAGUGCGAAGGAAACAGCACCGCCGCCCACCAAUGCCACUAAUAAUGCAACGAAGGCGGCGCCCAGCGACAGUGACGGCAGCAGCACCGCGGCCUCGCAUUCCGCCUCCCCCCUUGCGCUGCUUCUUCUGCUUUUUGCGUGUGCGGCUGCCGCCGCGAUGCUGGCUGCGUGA